AUGUUACGGUUAUUAACAAGAAGAAUUGCAUCGUAUUUACCAAGGGUAAGUCUAAAAUUUUUGGCCUGAAUUUGAAAAUUAAAAAUCCAUUCUGUGUUUGAAAUAUUAAAAAUUUUUUUGUUGUUCUGAAUUUUUGAAUUGUUCAUCAUGAGUUUAAAAAAUUUCAGUUCCAAUUUGAUAUUUCAAAGCUGAAUUUUUUCAGCAUGAAUUUAGAUUUGAAAAAAUUUAGAAUUUUUCAUCCUGCUCGGUCAGAAAACGGCGGGGUCGCUACCGAUCGGGGCGGAGUCGCUACACGUUUUUUGUUCCCCGAAACGUGUAGCGACUCCGCCCCGAUUGGUAGCGACCCCGCCGUUUUCUGACCGAGUGAUAAUUUUUAAAAUAUUAAAUGUUUCAAGCAGAAUUUAAAUUGGAAAAGUUUCUGAAUUUCUCAGCCUAAAUUCAAAAAAAAAAAUUUUCAGCUGCUUUUAAAAAAUAUUUUCAGCCUGAAUUUUUCUUGCUCAAACCUGAAAAUUUCAAAAAUUCUGAAUUUUAGAGGCCGAUGGAACCGGAACCUGGAUUAUGUUGUGAUGAAGGAUGUGAAAGUUGUGUUUGGUUAGUAUAUGCGAAUGAAUUGUUGGAUUAUUAUAGUGAGUUUUUUAAUCCUGAUGUUUUUCCUGACAAUCAAUCCUAAUAAUCAACCCUAUCCAAAACCCUCCUUUUUCAGGACAAAAAACACCUCACGGAAGCUUGGAUAAAGUGAAAAAUGAAAUAAUCGAUAAAAUUGAAUCUCCAAGUGUAAAAGCAUUUGUGAUUGGAGAACUCGAAAUGGCCGCGAAACAAUUUGAUGAUUUAUCGAAGUUACGGAAAAAAUAG